UCGCCAUUACAGGGUGACCGGGCGGGUAUGUGCGUCGCAUCAUACCUGCCUGCUGCCACAUUGCGAGCCUGUUGCUACAGCAGUGGCUGUUCCCAUGGUGCUCUUCCAUCUGGGAAUACCACUUCCAAACAUGUUCCGAAGCGGCCUGAGGAUUGUGGGUUUGAGUCCCCCUCACCUGUUCCUGGAGCCGUCCCUGGACCCCCCGCGGGCCCGCCGGCCCAGCGGCAGCAGGCCGGGCCCGAGGCCCCAGGCCAAGCGCUCCGGCCCCCGGCCCGGCCCCAGCAGAGGCGGCAUGGAGGUGGGCAUGCGCGUGGUGCGCGGCCUGGACUGGAAGUGGGGGAACCAGGACGACUCGGAGGGCCACAUGGGAACGGUGGUGGAGAUCGGGCGCCAGGGCAGCACCACCACGCCCGACAAGACGGUGGUGGUGCAGUGGGACAGCGGCACGCGCACCAACUACCGGACGGGCUACCAGGGGGCGUACGACCUGCUGCUCUACGACAACGCCCAGAUCGGGGUUCGUCACUCCAACAUCAUCUGUGACAGCUGCAAGAAGCAUGGCAUCAUGGGUAUGCGCUGGAAGUGCAAGGUGUGCUUCGACUACGACCUCUGCACCCAGUGUUACAUGAACAACAAGCAUGACCUGAGCCAUGCCUUCGAGCGCUACGAGACCGCCCACUCACAGCCCGUUACCUUGGCACCGAGGCAGAACCUCACACGGAUCAUCCUCAAAGGCAUCUUCCAGGGGGUCAAAGUGGUGCGUGGACCGGACUGGGACUGGGGCAACCAAGACGGUGGGGAGGGUAAGGUUGGUAAGGUAGUGGAUAUUCGCGGCUGGGACACCGAGUCUGGCCGCAGCGUGGCCAGUGUGACCUGGUCCAAUGGAAGCACUAACGUCUACCGAAUGGGCCACAAGGGCAAGGUAGACCUCAAGUACGUGUCUGAUGUCCAGGGCGGCUUCUACUACAAAGAACACCUGCCCAAGCUGGGAGAGCACGCCGAGCUCCAGCGACAGGACAGUGCCGACGGCCACUCCUUCCAGCAGGGGGACAAGGUCAAGUGUCUCCUGGAGGUGGACAUCCUCCGGCAGAUGCAGGAGGGCCAUGGGGGUUGGAACCCCAAGAUGGCCGAGUACAUCAGUCGGAUCGGGACGGUCCAUCGGAUCACGGACCGAGGGGAUGUGAGGGUCCAGUACAGCAACAACAUCCGGUGGACCUUCCACCCAGGGGCCCUGACCAAGGUGACCACCUUCGGAGUCGGCGAGCUGGUUAAAGUGCUGGAGGACAUGGAGAGCGUGAAGCGACUGCAGACGGGCCACGGAGAGUGGACCGACAGCAUGUCCCCCGCCUUGGGCCAGGUGGGCAAGGUCCUGAAGGUGUACGCUGACGGGGACCUGCGCGUUGCCUUCGGGGGCCAGACCUGGACCUUCAACCCGGCUUGCCUCUCGGCCCAAACGGCGGAGGUGGACGCCAACCUCAUGACGGCGGAGAACCCCAGCGAAUCAGGAAGCACGGUCAUUUCAGUGCUGGAGAAGCUCCUGGCUCAGUCGACAGAGCAGGACAACCCAGGUCGACUGGUCAUCGAAGCAGCGCACGGCAGCGCCAACAAAGUCCGCGAGCUGGUGCAGAAGUAUCCAGACAAAGUGGACAUUAAGAACCAGGGGAAGACGGCCCUCCAGGUGGCCGCCCACCAGGGCCACCUGGAGGUGGUGAAGGCCCUGCUCCAGGCCAGCAGCUCGGUGGAGGUGAAGGACGAGGACGGGGACACGGCCCUGCACUACACCGCCUUCGGCAACCAGGCUGAGAUCGCCCGGCUUCUGUUGAGCAAGGGGGCCAACGUGAACCUCCUGAACAACUCCAUGUGCACGGCGCUCCACAUCGCCGUCAACAAGGGCUUCACGGACGUGGUGCGCGUCCUCACCGAGCACGCCGCCGACGUCAACCUGCAGGACUCGUACGGGGACACGCCCCUUCACGACGCCAUCGCCAAGGACUUCCGCGGCAUCAUGGAGAUCUUGGUGCUGGUGCCCAACAUCGACUUUACCCAGCAGAACAACCGCGGCUUCAACCUGCUGCACCACGCCGCCCUCAAGGGCAACAAGCUAGCCACGGACCGUAUUCUGGGCCGCGCCCGGCAGCUGGUGGACGUGAAGAAGGACGACGGCUUCGCGGCGCUGCACCUGGCCGCCCUCAACAACCACUGGGAGGUGGCCCACACGCUGCUCAAGGAGGGCCGCUGCGACGUCAACAUCCGCAACAACCGCAACCAGACGGCGCUGCAGCUGGCGGUGACGCAGGGCCACGAGGGGCUGCUGCAGCUGCUGGUGGCGGAGGGCGCCGACGUCAACAUGGAGGACGAGGACGGCGACACGGCCCUGCACGUGGCCCUCAGCCGGCCCCAGCUGGCCAGCGCCAGCCCGACGCCGCCCCCCGCCGCGGGGCCCAGCGGCACCGAGGAGCCCCCCGGGGAGAGCUGCGCCGCGGCCGGACCCUCCCUCCACGGCAGGCUGAGUGAGUCCGGACUCCUGGGCUCCGUGGAGCUGACUCUGGGCUCUGCCAUCGCCUGCUUCCUGGCAUGGGAAGGCGCCGACAUCAGCUACGCCAACCACAAGAGCAAGAGCCCCCUGGACCUGGUCACGGACCCCGCCAUGGUCCAGGUCAUCAAGGGCUUCGCCGAGAAGCACAGGUUGCAGCGCCUGCAGGCCAUCACGUGCGGUCAGGGCCUGAGCAGCGCCUGCCUGCGCCGGGUCCACACCACGCCCAACACCAUGACCAACCUGGUGCUGCCCACGGCCCCGGGGCCCAGCGAGUGCCUCAUCUGCUCGGAGCUGGCCCUGCUCGUCCUCUUCUGCCCCUGCCAGCACAGCGUGGCCUGCGAAGAGUGUGCCCAUAGAAUGAAGAAAUGCAUCAAAUGCCAAGUCACAAUCACCAAGAAGAUCAGACAAGACCAGACGGAGGUGGACUGCAGCCCCGGCACGGAGAACUCGGAGCAGCACAACCUGCUGGAGCAGCUGCAGUCACGCUACCGUCAGAUGGAGGAGCGCAUCACCUGCCCCAUCUGCAUCGACAACCACAUCAAGCUGGUGUUCCAGUGCGGCCACGCCUCCUGCAUCGACUGCAGCGCCGCCCUGAAGACCUGCCCCAUCUGCCGCCAGACCAUCCGGGAACGCAUCCAGCUGUUUGUCUGAACCCCCCCCUCCUCCAUCUCCUCCCCCCGUCGUCCCCCGUCCCCCGUCCCCCGCCGCCGCCAUUUUGACGCGUGUUGCUCGAAGAAGGUAGUUUAGUUUACGGCGCCGCCGGUCUGUUACACUCUCCCGCCCAGGUGUAUUGCCGCAGGUGUGUUGAUGCCAGAUUGUUGAUCCCUGCUCUCUCCCUCGGGGGGGGGGGGGGGGGGGUUGGCGGUGUGUGUGUGUCCCAACCACUCCAUCUCCGUCGCGGUCGGGGUCUCCUCCGGCCCGACCCCCACGCGUCUCUUCUGCUCGUCCCCCACUCUCGUCCACAGAGGGCCCAGUGCCAUCGCAAGGCUGACCCAGUCGCCUAGGGGCCCCUGAGACGCAAUCCUCACAGGCUGCUCGAAUAUGGAUCUCUGUUACCCCCCUCUCCCCCUGCGGCCCCCCCCCCCCCCCCCCCCCCCAUCCUUGCGCUCUCAUUCGGUUACGUCGAGUUACUUUUUUUAAUUUUUCCAUCAGUGUUUCUGAAGAUGGGGAAGCUACAAGCCCCUAAUGCCCCCCCCCCCCCCCCCCCCUUAGUCACGUCUGUAUACAAAGGGGGGAAAAACACAAUAUAUAUAUGCAUGAAAAUAUGCAUAUUGUAAAGGCUCACAUGACUCUGUGUGUGUAUGUGUGUGUGUGGGCGUGUACUUUUUAGUUACAGUUCCGUUUUUUUUUCAACGUGCAAGUAGUAAAUAGCCCAGACUUUUAUUUAUGUGUGGAAAGUAACUUCUGCUGUAGUCGUCUUUGGCUCCUCUCAUCGUUGUGUUGAUGGUGAAAACCUCCGCGGCUUGUACUGGCGACGACGGGAAGCCCUUGUUUGGUCGUCCGCAGAAGCUGUCGCGAGCCUGGUCACCCAUCUUCCCAACGGUGUGGAGCUCGAUCCAGCCAUCGUGUUGUUAGGUCACGGAAGGUGGCUAGUGAUCCAUUUAGGCUCUGGUCUAGCAUGACAUAAACCCAACAAAUUAGUUACGUUACAUAGCAGCCUCCCCCCCCCCCCCCCCCUUCCUUUUUGUGAAGUGUUUAAGGUUUUUGGGGGGCGUUUUUGUUUUUUUCUCUUUCGCGUUUUACAAGCAGCAGUCAACACUGUUAUCGUCGGUAUGUUUGUGCAAAAGCAUGAUAGUGCGGUCCCCGGGGCUUUUAUUUUGGCAGUCUCUUCUUUGUGUGGAGUCAUCUAAACUUUGGUGGAUCUGUGCUGUACAACAGCGGCGUUAGUGCUGACUAACGCUGUUUUUUAUUCACUGUAAAGAAGAAGCGUUCUCUUAUUUAUCAACCAAAAGUAAGACGGCAACAAAAAAACAGAUAAAUGCGUUACGUUUGUAGAUAUCGGUCUGUCUCAUACGUCGGCUCUAUUUACGAGAUGGUUCCGUGUCUUUUGUCUUGGGUUUUUGGCAGCCAUUCCGGAUUGUACAUCAUUGUUGUUCUUUGUAAUGUUUUUGGCUUGUUUUCUUGAAGGGCUUACGCAUAUAAUAAAAACAACAACUAUUUUAAUCAUUAUUUAAUUUGUACUACGAUUUGAAAACACCAACUUCCAGAGGUAGGAUUUUUUUUUUGGGGGGGGGAGACUUUGGGGUGUGUCCGAGAUGUACUUUUGAAUGUUGGAUUUAAAAGAAAAAAGUAUGUCUCUCACCUAUGCCUUUUUGAUGUGGCAGAAGUUGUACGCUUGUUUUCAGAGAACAAGAUGGGUGAGACCGAACGGUUUUAAGCACGAAGGUUUCCUUUGAUUCAAACGGCUAUUAUCUGUGCCAAAAAUCGCAUGAAGAUGUGUAACGGGAAACGCACGCCAAAGGAAAAUAAAAAAGAUAUCAGGACCAAGAACAUGAAUAAUAUCGGUCUCCUCGCACUGUCGCACACUCUGGGGUGUUCCAGCUCUCGGCGGAUCUCAAAGAUGAUUAGCUUACACUAAUGAUAGAAGAGGAGCCAUGCUCUGGUCUGAAGCCAUGUCGUUCUGUAUCACCUUGUACUCUUCUGAAGGACAACUUUGUCACUUCCAAAAAUGUCACAAUAUGAUUUUUUUGAGGGGAGUAUUGAGACCUAUGUAUAUACAUUUAGAUACAUAUUGGUGGGACUUGCCAUGUCAUGGGAUAUCGUUUCUUGCGGUAAUUUCACAAUGACAGGUUUUGAGUUGUCUGCAGCGGCUGGUUGGUGGACCGGACAGGGCCACUACCCAAUCCAAUUUCUACCCCUUACCCCUUCAAAACAAGGGGGAGGGGGAAGGGGUAAGGGGUAGAAAUGGGAUUGGGCCUAAGUGUGUUUAGGGGGAAUGAGUGAGGAGUUGAGGGAGGACUACAUGUGAAGUAACACGAGGAAAAGCAACGUGUGCUACCAUUGGGUUUGUACAGCUCUCUGACUUCUGGUGUUCGCCUUACUGUCCAUUAUUCUGCUGUUGACAUAUUUGUUUUCCUUCUUUGUUGUAUUCUGUACAAAACUAUUUUGCAAUAAAUAUUGAACCGUUUUCUAAGGACAA